AUGGGGCUAAGACUUGCCAGCCUUUUUGCACUCUGGCUGGCUCUUUCCUGUGCGAACGAAAUUAAAAAAGGCAGAACCCAAAACCAUGGCCACUACGUCUGCAGUACCUGGGGGAACAAUCAUUUCAAAUCUUUUGAUGGAGACUUCUACCAGUUCCCUGGCCUCUGUGAUUACAACUUUGCUUCUGACUGCCGAGAGUCUUACCAGGAGUUCUCAGUCCACAUCCAGCGUGCUGUGAAUGAAAAUGGACACCCUGACAUCCAAUAUGUCCUGAUCACCAUAAAGGAUGUUGUAAUCUACCUCACCCAAAAUGCGGUUGUCGUGGAUGAGCAAAUUGUAACAACACCAUAUUAUAGUUCCGGUUUGCUGAUUGAGAACAGUGAAAUCUACACUAAAGUCUAUGCAAGAGCAGGCCUGGUUCUAAUGUGGAACCGUGAAGAUUCACUGAUGUUGGAACUGGAUUCCAAGUUUAACAACAACACAUGUGGUCUUUGUGGGGAUUACAAUGGACAGCAGCUCUACAAUGAAUUUAUCUCUAACGACAUGACCUUCAAUCCGAUCACAUUUGGAAAUAUGCAAAAGAUUAACAAACCCAACACAGUAUGUGAGGACCCUGAUGAAACACAGACUGUCGCAACCUGUAAUCAGCAUCGUGAUGAGUGUCUGAGUCUGCUGACUUCUUCAGUAUUCGCUGACUGUGAGUCCCGUCUGAACCUGGAGAUGUAUGUUCAAGCCUGUAUGCAGGAUAAGUGUGCCUGCCAGGGAGCUGAGGAUUCCUUCUGCCUCUGUAACACCAUCUCUGAGUACUCUCGCCAAUGCUCCCAUGCUGGUGGCCGACCUGGAAACUGGAGGACAGAAGAGGUUUGCCCUAAGACGUGUCCUGGAAACAUGAUCUACCAGGAAAGCAGCUCACCAUGCAUAAGCACUUGUUCCCAUUUGGAGAUCAGCAGCCUUUGUGAGGAACACUUCAUGGAUGGUUGCUUCUGCCCUGAAGGAACUGUGUAUGAUGAUGUCAGUGGGAGAGGCUGUGUCUCUGUUAACCAAUGUCACUGCAAACAGCAUGGAUUCCUGUAUUCACCUGGGCAAAAUAUCACCAGUGAAUGUGAAGAAUGCAUCUGUGAUUCAGGCAGGUGGGUGUGCAAGCACUUACCCUGUCCAGGCUCAUGCUUAGUGGAAGGAGGUGCUCACAUCACCACCUUUGAUGGGAAGAAAUACACCUUCCACGGAGACUGCUACUAUGUGCUGUCCAAGGUAUCAUGUAUAAAUGACACUCACGCUCUCCUGGCAGAGCUGUCUCCCUGUGGCUCUACAGACAAACAGACCUGUUUGAAGACUGUUGUGCUGUUAAUAGACAACAAAAAAAAUAUCUUGGUAUUCAGAUCAGAUGGCACUGUGCUGCUGAAUGAACUGGAAGUGCACUUGCCCCAUGUGACAGCAAGCUUCUCAAUUUUCCAGCCAACUUCAUACCAUAUCAUUGUGCAUACCUAUUUUAGUCUCAAGCUACAAAUCCAAUUGGUUCCAAUCAUGCAGCUGUUUGUGAUUGUGGAUCAAUCUGCCCAAGGAAAACUGCAAGGUCUUUGUGGGAAUUUCAAUGGCAUAGAAUAUGAUGAUUUUAAAACAGCUGGUGGGCUGGUAGAAGCUACAGGAUCUGCCUUUGCUAACACUUGGAAAGCACAAGCCACCUGUAAAGACCAAGUGGAUAAUUUGGAAGACCCUUGUGCUCUCAGCUUUGAAAGCGAAAAUUAUGCUGAAUAUUGGUGUUCCUUACUGAAAAAUUUAGAAUCUCCUUUUGCCAGAUGUCACUCAGCCAUUGAUCCUGUGGAAUAUUAUAAGAGAUGUAAAUACGACACCUGCAACGGUAAGAACAGUGAAGAAUGCUUGUGUGGGGCUCUGUCCUCUUACGCAAGAGCCUGUGCCUUCAAAGGAAUCAUGUUGGGGCGCUGGAGACAAACUGUCUGCAACAAAGAAGUGUCCUCUUGCCCAGCAUCCCAGGUCUUCCGUUACAAUCUGACCACAUGUCAACAUACUUGUCGCUCCCUUGCUGAUGGCGAAAAGCACUGCUUGGAGGGCUUUAUUCCCAUUGAUGGCUGUGGCUGCCCUGAAAACACCUAUAUGAAUGAGAAGGGUAACUGUGUGCCCAUCUCCCAUUGUACAUGCUACUACAGAGGGUCAUACCUGGAACCUGGGGAUGUCAUCAUGAAACAAGAAGAACGCUGUGUUUGUCGAAAUGGAAUUCUCCAUUGCACUCCAGUGAAGAUAAUAGAUGACAAGUGUCUGUCCCCCAAGAUUCACUUUGAUUGCAGCAGUGUCAAGUCUUGGUCUUCACAAACCCCUCUGCAACUAAGCUGCCAUACGCUGGAUACUGACUAUUUCCAGACAGAGUGUGUCUCAGGGUGUGUGUGUCCUCGUGGACUGAUUGAUGAUGGCAGAGGGGGCUGUGUCAAGAAGAAGGAUUGUCCAUGUAUUCAUAACAAGCAGUUUUAUGCUCCUGGACAGACCGUAAAAGUGGACUGCAACAAAUGUACCUGCCGAAAAGGAAGAUGGGCCUGCACCGAUAAUGUGUGCUAUGGGACUUGUACUGUAUAUGGAAGUGGCCAUUAUAUCAGCUUUGAUGGAAAACACUAUGACUUUGAUGGACACUGUGAAUAUGUGGCUGUCCAGGAUUAUUGUGGCGAGGAUCGCAAUGGUUCGUUUAGUAUCAUCACAGUGAAUGUGCCAUGUGGAACCACCGGAGUCACCUGUUCAAAGGCUAUUAAAAUAUUUCUAGGGAGAACCGAACUGAAGCUUGAGGACAAGCAAUAUGUAGAAAUUCAGCGAGAUGUUGGCGACCAUAUACAAUAUUGGAAUCGUACAGUGGGGCUCUAUCUUGUUAUUGAGGCCAGCAAUGGCAUGAUGCUCAUCUGGGAUAAGAAGACUACUAUUUUCAUAAAGCUGACUCCUAAUUAUAAGGGCAAAAUCUGUGGUUUGUGUGGCAACUUUGAUGACAAGUCCAGCAAUGACUUCACAACAAGGAACGGGCUGCUGGUGACCAAUCCUCUGGAGUUUGGUAAUUCUUGGAAACAGUCUGGCUCCUGCACUGAUGUGAUAGAUGAGAUCCUGCCCUGCAAUCUAAAACCUCACCGCAAGUCCUGGGCAGAGAGGGAGUGCAGCAUCAUCCGGAGCGAUGUCUUUAAAGUUUGUCACGACAAGGUGGACCCAGCUCCAUUCUAUGAAAAUUGUGUUCAUGAUGCCUGCUCCUGUGACAGUGGUGGAGACUGUGAGUGCUUCUGUUCUGCAGUUGCUGCUUAUGCCCAAGAGUGCAUUAAGGCUGAAGCUUGCGUCUUUUGGAGAACUCCUGAUAUAUGCCCAAUAUUUUGUGAUUACUACAACCCUCGGAAUGAGUGUGAAUGGCACUACGAGCCUUGUGGCCGUCAUAUUGUGACCUGCAGGAUCAUUAACAAUGUCAGCUCCAACUUCUCAUUGCCAUAUCUGGAAGGUUGCUACCCCAGAUGCCCUAAAGAAAAGCCCAUUUUUGAUGAAGACUUCAAAGAAUGUGUAACUGAAGUUGAAUGUGGCUGUAUUGUAAAUGGCAUUCGUUAUGAAACUGGCUCAAGAGUACCCACAGAAGAUGAUUGUCUGAACUGUACCUGCAUCUCACCAGGAAUCGUGACGUGCUUACCAGUACUAGGCUGUACCACAACCACUCCACCCUCUACUACCACAGCCACCCCCACCCCCACGCCAACAACUACUACAACUACCACUGUGCCACCGUCAACUACUACAACACAGACCACAACAACACCAUGUACACCUCUAUCUCAAUAUUGUUGGUGGUCUGACUGGAUUAGUGUGACUGAGCCAAAAUAUGGCCCAAAAUAUGGUGAUUAUGAAACCUAUGACAAAAUUAGAGCAUGGAAUGCCUCAGCCAUAUGUGAGAAUCCACUAAAUAUUUCGUGCAGAGCUCUGAAAUUCCCUGGCAUCCCCAUUGAAGAUUUAGGACAAAAACUGACAUGUGACGUUUCAACUGGUCUUAUCUGUAAUAAUAGAGACCAAGUCCCAGGGAGCAUGAAUCCGAUGCCUAUGUGCUUCAAUUAUGAGAUCAGUGUUUACUGCUGCUCAUCAUUUUGCCCUACACCUACCACCACCACCACCACGGAAACAACUACCCCAGAGACAACGACACCUACCACCACCACCACGGAAACAACUACCCCAGAGACAACGACACCUACCACCACCACCACGGAAACAACUACCCCAGAGACAACGACACCUACCACCACCACCACGGAAACAACUACCCCAGAGACAACGACACCUACCACCACCACCACCACCACCACCACCACGGAAACAACUACCCCAGAGACAACGACACCUACCACCACCACCACCACCACGGAAACAACUACCCCAGAGACAACGACACCUACCACCACCACCACGGAAACAACUACCCCAGAGACAACGACACCUACCACCACCACCAUGGAAACAACUACCACUGAGACAACGACACCUACCACCACCACCACCACCACCACCACGGAAACAACUACCACAGAGACGACACCUACCACCACCACCACAGCAACGACUACCCCAGUUUCCACCACGACCUCUUCGACCUCUACAACCCCCAGUGCUGACCAGUACACCUACCACUGGCCCCCCAACCCUUCCCUCAAAACUACCACACAGCCUCCAACCCCACAGUCGCAAGUACAGCAACCAAUGAGCCCCAACCCCACAUCCACAGCUACCACCAAACCACCAACCCACACACUCACCAACACAAUUACCAUUGAGUCUCCAACCCCACAGCCGCAAUCACACUUUCAUCAAAGCUCCACACCCACCACCACAACUACCAAUGAACCCCAACUCCCCACACCUACAACUAAUACUAAGCCUCCACUCCCCAUACCAACCACUCCCACCGUGACACCAACAACCAGUACUAGCACUGAGCCCCCAACACCCAUUCCAGUGACCGCCCUGACAACCACCACCACUAAACAUCCAACACUCACUUCAACCCCAACACCAACAACUACUACAACUAACACCACUAAGCCUUCAACUACUGCAACUACCAUCAGGCCACCAUCAAGUGCUACAACAGGAACCACAAACAGUACUUCAAUGGCACCAUGUACACCUCUAUCUCAAUAUUGUUGGUGGUCUGACUGGAUUAGUGUGACUGAGCCAAAAUAUGGCCCAGAAUAUGGUGAUUAUGAAACCUAUGACAAAAUUAGAGAGUGGAACUCCUCAGUGAUAUGUGAGAAUCCACUAAAUAUUUCAUGCAGAGCUCUGAAAUUCCCUGGCAUCCCCAUUGAAGAUUUAGGACAAAAACUGACAUGUGACGUUUCAACUGGUCUUAUCUGUAAUAAUAGAGACCAAGUCCCAGGGAGCAUGAAUCCGAUGCCUAUGUGCUUCAAUUAUGAGAUCAGUGUUUACUGCUGCUCAUCAUUUUGCCCUACACCUACCACCACCACCACCACCACCACGGAAACAACUACCCCAGAGACAACGACACCUACCACCACCACCACGGAAACAACUACCCCAGAGACAACGACACCUACCACCACCACCACCACCACCACCACCACCACCACCACCACGGAAACAACUACCCCAGAGACAACGACACCUACCACCACCACCACGGAAACAACUACCCCAGAGACAACGACACCUACCACCACCACGACAACGACACCUACCACCACCACCACGGAAACAACUACCCCAGAGACAACGACACCUACCACCACCACCACCACCACCACGGAAACAACUACCCCAGAGACAACGACACCUACCACCACCACCACCACCACGGAAACAACUACCCCAGAGACAACGACACCUACCACCACCACCACGGAAACAACUACCCCAGAGACAACGACACCUACCACCACCACCACGGAAACAACUACCCCAGAGACAACGACACCUACCACCACCACCAUGGAAACAACUACCACUGAGACAACGACACCUACCACCACCACCACCACCACCACCACGGAAACAACUACCACAGAGACGACACCUACCACCACCACCACAGCAACGACUACCCCAGCACCAUGUACACCUCUAUCUCAAUAUUGUUGGUGGUCUGACUGGAUUAGUCUGAAUAAGCCAGAAUACGGCCAAGAAGAUGGUGAUUACGAAACCUAUGACAAAAUCAGAGAGUGGAACGCCUCAGCGAUAUGUGAGAAUCCACUAAAUAUUUCAUGCAGAGCUCAGCAACUUCCGAACACCCCCAUUGAAGAUUUGGGACAAAAAGUGACAUGUAAUGUUUCCAUUGGGCUUAUCUGUAAUAAUAGAGACCAAGGCCUAGGAAGUCUGAUUCCGAUAUGCUACAAUUAUGAGAUCAGUGUUUACUGCUGCUCACCAGUUUGCUCCACAACUGCACCUACCACUACCACAGCCUCCACCACCACUGAGUCUCCAACUACCACCCUGACACUCACUACAACUAGCACUAUCCCAACAUCAACUACUACAACCGGAACCACAACUAGCACUUCAACAGGCUUGAGUGGAAAGAUCGAUUGCUGCCUCACUGGAUAUGCGUAUAAUUAUCACAAUUGUCCUUUUCCUAAAUAUAUGCAGUCCUUGAUUCCACCAUUCCUAUGGAUUUGGAUAUUUAUAUCUGAUUUCCCUAUCACCACCACCACCACAGAAACAACUACCACAGAGACAACGACACCUAUCACCACCACCACCACCACGGAAACAACUACCACAGAGACAACGACACCUACCACCACCACCACCACGGAAACAACUACCACAGAGACAACGACACCUACCACCACCACCACCACGGAAACAACUACCACAGAGACAACGACACCUACCACCACCACCACCACGGAAACAACUACCACAGAGACAACGACGCCUAUCACCACCACCACCACCACGGAAACAACUACCACAGAGACAACGACUCCUACCACCACCACAGAAACAACUACCACAGAGACAACGACACCUACCACCACCACCACCACAGAAACAACUACCACAGAGACAACGACACCUACCACCACGGAAACAACUACCACAGAGACAACGACACCUACCACCACCACCACCACAGAAACAACUACCACAGAGACAACGACACCUACCACCACGGAAACAACUACCACAGAGACAACGACACCUAUCACCACCACCACCACCACGGAAACAACUACCCCAGAGACAACGACACCUACCACCACCACCACCACGGAAACAACUACCACAGAGACAACGACACCUACCACCACCACCACGGAAACAACUACCACAGAGACAACGACACCUACCACCACCACCACCACGGAAACAACUACCACAGAGACAACGACACCUACCACCACCACCACCACGGAAACAACUACCACAGAGACAACGACACCUACCACCACCACCACCAUCACGGAAACAACUACCACAGAGACAACGACUCCUACCACCACCACAGAAACAACUACCACAGAGACAACGACACCUACCACCACCACCACCACCACAGAAACAACUACCACAGAGACAACGACACCUACCACCACGGAAACAACUACCACAGAGACAACGACACCUACCACCACCACCACCACCACAGAAACAACUACCACAGAGACAACGAUACCUACCACCACCACCACCACGGAAACCACUACCACAGAGACAACGACACCUACCACCACGGAAACAACUACCACAGAGACAACGACACCUACCACCACCACCACCACCACCACCACUACAGAAACAACUACCACAGAGACAACGACACCUACCACCACCACCACCACCACGGAAACAACUACCCCAGAGCCAACGACUCCUACCACCACCACCACGGAAACAACUACCACAGAGACAAUGACACCUAGCACCCCCACGGAAACAACUACCACAGAGACAACGACACCUACCACCACCACCACCACGGAAACAACUACCACAGAGACAACGACACCUACCACCACCACCACGGAAACAACUACCCCCCCACCUGGAUGUUGGUUACCUAAUGGUACUAUCAUUGAAGUAAGUGAAAGCUACUGGCCAUGUAACUGCACCGAGGCAAUAUGCAUUAACAACAACACAUGGAAGCUGGUUUCGACUGAAUGUGACCUUCCUCCUAAGCCCACUUGUAUCAAUGGGCUCGCUCCUGUGCUGGUGCAGGGUGAAUGCUGUUGGCACUGGGAGUGUGACUGCUAUUGCACUGGCUGGGGAGACCCACAUUAUGUGACGUUUGAUGGACAUUAUUAUAGCUACCAAGGGAAUUGUACGUAUGUCUUGGUGGAAGAGAUUAACAAAAAGAUUGACGACUUUGGGGUCUACAUUGACAACUAUCACUGCAUUGCACAGGACAGAGUGUCCUGUCCACGCACACUCAUCGUGAGAUACGAGACCCAGGAAGUGCGCAUAAAGACUAUCACAAUGAUUCCUCUCAAAGUACAGGUGACGGUAAACAAUCGGGAAGUGGCUACACCUUAUGAAAAAUACGGUGUGAGAGUCUUUAAGUCAGGCAUAAAUCACGUAGUGGAAAUUUCUAGACUUGGGGUAAAUGUAACCUACAAUGGAUUGGCUUUCUCAAUUAGAUUGCCCUACCAGAGGUUUGGCAACAACACCCAAGGACAGUGCGGCACUUGUACCAACAACACAGCAGAUGACUGCAUGUUACCUGGUGGAAACAUCAUAGAUAACUGUGAAACGAUGGCAGAUCAUUGGGUGAUUAAUGACCCUGAAAAGCCACACUGCUAUCCAUCCCUAACUCCUACAGAGGCACCUCCUGUCACUCCACCACCCUGCAUACCAUCCGAUCUCUGCAAGCUCAUUAAAGAAGGCCCGUUCAAAGCAUGCCAUCCCUUUGUAAACCCUGACCACUACUAUGCAGCCUGCGUUUUUGACAGCUGCGCUCUUCCCAACUCUAAAUUGGAGUGUGCAAGUUUGCAAAACUAUGCUGCUCUCUGCGCUGAUCAGGGGGUCUGUGUUGAUUGGAGAGGCUAUACUCAUGAUAUCUGCCCGCUUAAGUGCCCAUCAGACAAAGUAUACAAAGCAUGUGGUCCUAUUGAAGAGGUGACCUGCAAGUCAAGCCAAGUUGCACAAAACCAAACCAGUCAUGUGGAAGGCUGCUUCUGUCCUGCUGGAACAAUGCUUUAUGGUGAUGGUGUGGAUGUCUGUGUAAAAACCUGCGGGUGUGUUGGACCAGAUAAUAAACCAAGAAAGUUUGGGGAAAUUUUUGAGUUUGACUGUAAGAGAUGCAUUUGCCUGGAGGGUGGAAGUGGCAUUAGCUGUGUGCCCCUUCAAUGUCCAGAGCAAAAGGAUAAACCAAGCUGCAGUGAUGAAGGCUUUUACGAGGUCACUGAAGUCAAUCCUGACAACAUCUGCUGCAGCAUAACUUCCUGCAGAUGCAACGCGAGCUUUUGCACAACCAAACCUCCUAAAUGUAAAAUUGGUUAUGAACCUGUUUCCGAUAUUGCCACUGGCAAGUGCUGUCCUACGUAUAAGUGCGUUCCCAAGAAGGUCUGUGUGCUUCAGAAUGCUGAGUACAUGCCUGGUUCCCCAGUCUUUGCUGAUAAGUGCCACGAUUGUGUCUGCACUGAGAAAUCGAACAGUAGUGGUCUGAAUGUCAUUUCAUGCAAGCACAUUCCAUGCAAUGAAGAAUGCCAGCCAGGAUAUGAACUUAAAGAUGUGAAAGGGGAAUGCUGUCCAAAAUGCGUGCAGACCAAGUGUGUUGUAAAUAAGGGUGACAGCACCGUCCUUAUCUUGAGUCCUGGUGAAAUGGAAAACGAUCCAAAAGACAACUGCACCGUUUAUAGCUGUGUAUCGAUCAAAGGUCAGCUCAUCUCCUCCACCUCAGAGAUUACCUGCCCAUCAUUCAAUGAGCAGAAUUGUAAAGCUGGCACUGUUACACUGCUGCCUAAUGGUUGCUGUAAAACAUGCAUCCCUCGCGACAGCCCAUCACCAUGUUCUGUCACCCAAAUCGUGGACCAUAUCACCCAUAAGGGCUGCCGUUCUGUGGAUAAAGUCUACCUGACUCAAUGUGAAGGAUCAUGUGGAACCUUCUCAUUAUACUCUGCUGAGGCCAACUCCAUGGACCACAAGUGUUCCUGCUGCAGGGAGGCAGCGACUAGCGAGAAGCAAGUUCUACUGCAAUGCCCCAAUGGGAAAUCUGUGGUGCACAAGUACCUGCACGUGGACCGUUGUGAAUGUCUUGACACUGAAUGCACAGAACCCAGCUCCUCAGGAGAGUCAAAGGAAAGUGAAGAACAGAGUUCAAUCGAACGUGUCAAGCGGGCCAUUCAGAAAAUAUUGAAAUGAAGGGGGAAAAGUAAUGGUGCACAGAAAAAAGUACAAGGAGGGUCUGUGCACCAGUCUAAUCUUCCAAGAGUGAUUCAAUGCUUUGCUUUUUUUCACUUCCUCCUCUUCUGUACCCUCUCUGACUAUUUGUAAUUGUGCUCUAUUU